AUGAAUUUAUUAAUUUAUUUAAUAUUUUUUCUAUUAAUUUUUGAAAAUUUUAAAUGUAGAGAACAACAAAGAGAAAGGAAAUUAUUACAUUUGGGAAUUGAAAAUGAUCCAAAUGUCCAAUUUCAAUGUAAAGGGGCUUUAGGGGAUUAUGCAGCCUGUUUAUGUAAUAAUAAUGUUAAAGAAGUUGCUUGUAUUAAUGCACAAUUUGUUGAUACAGCAAUAUUUCAAUAUAUGCUUGGACAUUAUAACGAUAUUGAACAAUUAACUUUUCAUGGAAAUAAUUUCCAAGACCUUCCAGAUGGUUCUCUUUUUGGACCUGCAAUACUUGAAAAUUUGCGAGUUCUAAAUAUUUCUGCUAAUUAUAUCGUUAAUUUACAUCGAAAUGCUUUAUCUGGAUGUCCAAAUAUUGAAAUACUCGAUUUAAGCAACAAUGAGAUUGUCUUAAGUGAAGAAAAUAUUAAUUUUCUUGAUCAUACUCCUCGAUUAAAAAAACUUUAUUUGAGAAGAGCAUUUACUACUCCCUUAAAUAAAAGCAACCAAUUUAAUUUAUUAAUUCGUCUUCUAGAAAAAGCCCAAUUAAAAAGAUUGGAAGUUUUGGAUUUAAGUUAUAAUUAUUUUAAUAAUAUUCCCUUUAAUUUGCCAUGUUCUUUACCUUCUUUAAGACAUUUGGAUUUACGAAAUUAUUUUCAUUUUUUGGAUUCAGAAUUUCAAACAUUUGCUGAACAAUUAAAUAAAAAUAAUGCUUUAACACAAUUACAACUUAAAAAUAAUUUUUAUUGUGACUGUAAUUCAAAUAGUUGGAUUAAAUGGAUUAGAGAACAUUCGAAUAUGAUUGAUGAUUACCGAGCACUUAUCUGUUCACGUUCUUCUCCUCCAAAAUUUACUGGUACAAGAUUAAGUGAAGUGUCAAUUGAAUUAUUAGAUUGCCAGUCAGAUUUAUAUGCUACAGGAGGAAAAUUUAAAAAUAAUUUUGGAUUUUUAAAUAUUUUUAUUUUAUUUUUAAUUAAUUAUUUUUGUCAAAAAAUAUUUCCAAAAUUUUAA